AUGCCAUCCUCAGAUCCUCCAACUGCAGCUACUGACAAAGACUACUACGAAAUCCUCAACAUCCCUUCAUCCUCAGCCGGGAAUCUGCCAAUAAUCAGCAAACAGCAACUCAAAAACGCAUACCACAAAGCCCUCUUGAAACAUCACCCGGACAAAUCUUCUCCUUCUCCAACCCCCGCUCCGGGAGCACGAGACAGUAAUGCAUACACAAUCGACGAUAUCACGAAUGCCUACAAGGUCCUCUCCGACCCCGAGCUAAGAGCUGAAUAUGAUCGUGACCUAACUUUACAGCGCAAAUCUUUCAACAAAGCGGCGGGGAAGUCUGAUGAUGUCUCGUUUCAUACGGGUCUUGAGGUUGUGGAUCUGGAGGAUAUGACAGAGCAAGACGAUGAGGCGACUGGCUCGUCAAGUUGGUAUCGCGGCUGCCGAUGUGGAGAUGAAAAGGGUUUUAUUGUGACGGAAGACGAGCUGGAAGCUGAGGCGCAUCAUGGAGAGAUUUUGCACGUCUCCAGACAGCAGCGUAACAACAAGCGCCAAUUCCACGGAAUACACCGUGUUUGCCCCUUUGCCCCGAAAAACACGCCAACCUUCAACCUAGACGUACAAGUAACAUUCAAAUGGCAUGAAAACGGCGGCAACGGCUGGGGAGGAGUCUACUACGAAGCCCCUGGUUUCAACGACAAUGUUUAUUUUCCAAACUCAUCUGCGAAAACGACGACCGGCACAACGACUUGGUCAAUCUCAGGAAGUGGGUUGCCGAUCAACAACAAUAAAAAUUGGCCGCUUACAUGCUCUUUUGUCAUGUGGUGGGAUACUGGUAAAUCAGCACGGCCGUUGGGAUAUUCCUCAUCUACGGGAGGAGGAACUUUUGUUUUGGAGGAUUUGGUUACCAUUACGACCGCCGAGCAGACCACACCGACAAGCUGGGUUAUCCAAACCACGACGGUGUUUCCUUCGAAGACUCCGGAGCCUACUCCUUCUUCUAGAUCUACAUUUCCAGAGCCAGCAGCACCUUCAGUCUCAAGCCAUGGUCUCUCAGCAGGGGACAAGGCAGGUAUCGCUGUUGGUGCUGUGGCAGGCUCAGCUCUUUUAGCCGGCCUGGUUUACUGGAUUACACGCAUGCAACGGAAACUCGCUGUUCAGAAUGAGCGUUUGUCCUGGAUUGAAGAUGCGAGUAGUGUUGUCCCUGGUAAACCAGCAUUUUCAGUUGGUAGUCCAACACAAGAGACGACUACAUCAGUCAUAGAGGAGCAGAGCCAAGCACGUCAUGAAAUGAAUACUGCGGAUACGAUGGUGGAAGUCGGGGAGAUGGGCUCUCAGCAGCGAGAUGAUGGUCCUCAUGAAAUGCCUGAAAAGUAA